AUGGAUAGUCCAGAUUCACUGCAAAGUGGGAAUGGUAGGAGUAAGUUGAUUCAUGUGAUAUCACCCUUCUAUUGUGUUUAUGUGUUGCAAUCGAUUCCUAAACCAAGAUCGUUCUAUAUCGGGUCUACCCCAGAUCCGAUAAGACGAUUAAGGCAGCAUAAUGGUGAACUUAAAACUGGUGGGGCAUUUAGAACCAAACGAACUGGAUUAAGACCUUGGAAAGUAGUUCUUAUCAUGUAUAAUUUCCCUUCUAAUGUAUCCGCUCUUCAGUUUGAACACUCUUUACAACAUCCUUAUCAAACUAGACAUAUUCUGGCUGAUAACAGAGUUUCGCAUAGAAAAGGAUCGACGUCAUUACACCAAAUUAUUGCAAAUGUGAAAUUAUUAAUUACUGCCCCAUUUUUUAAGACUACUAAUCUUAGAAUCUUGAUUUGUGAACCAGAAGUAACUGAUAAGAUAUGGCCAUCUAGUAAGUAUAAUGUUCCAUCUACUAUACAUGUAGAUAUUCAGACUUGUUCACUUGAAGAGUAUUUUAAGGCGAAUCCAAUCCAAGAUGAUCCCAGUUUUGAAGUAAUCAAGAACAGGUUCUUGGAAGCAAGUCAUACUUGUUCUAUUUGUAAUACUCUGUUGGAAUUCUCUCCUGAAGAAGUACCUUUAUUUAAAGCUAAACUGGAGGUUGAACAGUAUAGACAACAGGGACGUUUAAGGCUUGUUACGCAAUGCCAUCAUUCUGAUUGUGAUAACACUUUUCAUCUAACUUGUAUGGCACGAGACACAGAAACUGAUACUAGUAGUUUGAUACCUUCCCAAAAAUCAUGUACCUUAUGUCAUAAACCAUUAGAUUGGUUAACUACAGUUAAGAUCGCCACAAAACUAAGGGAGUAUAUAUUGAAAAGUAAAUAG